AUGUUUCUCGGCCGAGUCCUCCGGGGCCUGACGGCGGCUCUCCUGGCCACCCUCGCGGCCGUCCCCGCCGCCGCCGCCUACCCGAACCCGAUCGCCUGCACCGGCUCGUCGUGCUGGUCCCAUGACCCGUCUGUCGUCAAGAGGGCGGACGGGAAGUACUUCCGCUUCGAGACGGGCAGCAAGAUCGGGAUAUGGAGCGCGAGCAGCCUGACUGGGUCGUGGACCUACCAGGGCGCUGCCAUCCCGGCUGGGAGCUCUAUUAACCUUGCUGGGAAGGACGAUCUUUGGGCUCCGUCAGUCCACCUCGUCGGCAGCACUUACUACCUCUACUACGCGGUCAGCGUCUUCGGCUCCCAGAGCUCGGCAAUCGGCUAUGCCACCUCCACGACAAUGGAGGCCGGCUCCUGGACAGACCACGGCGCGACAGGUGUUGCAAGCACCUCGUCCAAGCCGUACAACGCCAUCGACCCGGCCCUGAUCCAGGCCACGGACGGGAGCUACUACCUGAAUUUUGGGUCCUUCUGGGCCGACAUCUACCAAGCCAAGAUGAAGAACCCGCCUUCCUCGGUCGCAGCCUCAGCCACGCAGAUCGCCUACAACUCCACGGGCAGCCACGCGAUGGAGGGGCCCUUCGUCUACUACCGCUCGCCGUACUACUACCUCUUCUUCAGCGCGGGCAUCUGCUGCGGCUACCAGAACACCAAGCCCGCGCCGGGAGAGGAGUACUCGAUCCGCGUGUGCCGGAGCUCCAACGUCAACGGGCCAUACACUGACGCCAGCGGGAAGAGCUGCACGGCCGGCGGCGGCACCAAGGUCCUCGAGAGCCAUGGGAAUGUGUAUGGUCCUGGCGGGCAGGGGGUCUUGGUUGAUACUGCUUACAGUGGUACUGUGCUUUAUUAUCAUUAUGCUGACACCCGGGUUGGACUGGCGGAUUCGCAGUACCUGUUUGGCUUCAACCAGAUCUCGUGGUCAACUGGAUGGCCGGUGCUUGUCUAA